AAUACUCAACCAUUUCCCACAAUUCUCUCCCUCAACCCCUCUCACCUUCUCUUCUUCUUCUUCUUCUUCUUCUUCUUGGGCAAUGGAAAAGGGUUCUCGGCGGAGCAAGAAGGCCGCCGACAAGACGCGAAGCGCGAUCGCGUCUGAGAUGGCGUCCACGACGUUAGGGGUUCAGAAAGCCAAACGCAGGCGGCGUUCUCUGCCGCGAGACGCUCCCCCGCAACGCAGCUCUGUCUACCGCGGCGUCACCAGGCAUCGGUGGACGGGUCGAUACGAAGCGCAUUUGUGGGAUAAGAAUUGUUGGAACGAGACGCAGAACAAAAGAGGGAGACAAGUAUAUUUAGGGGCAUAUGACGACGAAGAGGCAGCUGCACGUGCCUACGACUUAGCGGCAUUGAAGUAUUGGGGACGAGACACCAUCUUGAACUUCCCUGUGUCUGGUUAUGAAGAGGACCUCAAAGAAAUGGAAAGUCAGUCCAAGGAGGAGUACAUCGGGUCUCUGAGGAGGAGAAGCAGUGGAUUCUCCCGUGGUGUAUCCAAGUACAGAGGGGUGGCUAGGAGAUAUGAGUUGGUGAGCAAUAAAUUUGGCAGGCACCACCAUAAUGGGAGAUGGGAAGCUCGGAUUGGGAGGGUUUUUGGCAACAAGUAUCUAUACCUUGGAACAUAUGCUACACAGGAAGAAGCGGCAAUAGCAUACGACAUGGCAGCAAUCGAGUAUCGAGGACUUAACGCCGUUACCAACUUCGACCUCAGCCGUUAUCUCAAAUUCUUGUCGCCGGAAAACUCUACCGACGGCAAGGUUCGUCUCACGGAGGCUCCAAAUCCCGACGCGAAUCCGUCUCCAGAACGUAAUCUCGAGUCCGAAUCGUCACUGGAUCAAACAUCCUCGUCAUCAGACAACAAAGAUGAAUCUUCUCCGGUCCGGAAGUUCUUGUUGUCUCCUUCGAAAGUGAAGGAGAUCAUCGAACCGUCGACGCCGCCGGAAGUUGCUCCGCCUCGCCGGAGCUUCCCGGAAGACAUUCAGACUUUCUUCGGGUGUCAAGAUUGCGGCAUGUUCACGACGGAGGAUGACGUGAUUUUCGGCGAGUUAGGUUCUUUCCUUUCACCCGAGUUCUACAGCGAGCUUUGACUGAUUGUCAAAAGCUCCUGGAUUUCGAUAUUCUUUUCAGAUAGGGAAAUCUAUGAUGAAGGCUCAUCGAUCUGGUAAAAGAUUCAUGUUUCAUAUGAAAAAGAUGACACCUUUUGAACACUAGAAUAAGAUGAUCCUGACAAGAUGUGAUUCUUGGACGUGUUCAGAGGUUGAACUCGUCACUUUUCUUGAUCAGACAGUGCAGCAGAGCUUGGAAUCAAUGGAAGCCAAGCAAAUGCAGAAUGCUUGGUAGCCUGAUAACGGGUACCUGCAGAGAGAGGGAUGAGCAAAACGAUAA